AUGGAGAAUUCUCAUAUUCAGAGGAGGGAUGAUACAAUCACAAUCAAUGAGUUACCAGAUGAUUUGCUGUUGAAGAUACUGUCUUCGUUUUCCAUUAAAGAUGUCGUAGCACGAGUGUGUUAUCAAAACGGUGGCGAUCUCUUUGGAAGGAGGCUCGACGCAGUUACCCAUCUCAAACCUUAUGUCGCACUCAACCGCUCUUUGAGAGAGCUUAGAAUCGACAUGGUUUACCGUUGCUUGGACUUGAAUGAAAUCUUGUAUAUUAACAACAUCUCUUCACGACUUGAAACCCUUGUUCUCGAGAAACUAAGUCUGGUGGAUGUUCCAUCUGAUGUUAGUUUAAAAGGCCUCAAAACUCUCCACGUUUUAUCGGUCAAGUUCUCGAGCGACGAAUCCGUGAAAACGCUUCUAAGCAUAUGUCCACGUCUCGAAGAUUUGGUAGUGCGACAAAGCUCAUAUAAUACCAAUGUGGAGAUAUUUACCAUCAACGUGCCUACGCUUACGAGUUUAUCUAUCUAUACUUCGUCUCAGCCUAAAGGUGGUCGUGGUGUUCAUGGGUUUGUGAUUAAUACACCGUCUUUGAAGAACUUUAGCAUUAGGGACAGCUUCAGCAGCUAUUUACGGUUCGAAAAUAUGCCCAACUUGGUCAGGGCCAAUGUCAACAUUGUCUCUGGCCAACCGGAUUCUUUAUCGUCCCAUCUCGAGAUCUUCGAGUGGAGACGGUACUAUGGAACAGGGCAAGAGAGGAAGGUUGCAAAGCACAUCUUAGCAAACGCAAGCCGUUUAAAGAAGGCUACAUUCUACUCAGAAUCCGGAGAGAAACAUGGGAUGAUGGUCAAGGACUUGGAAUGUGCGGCCAGAGGUUCAAAGGCAUGUCAGCUUGUAAUUUGUUAA